CCGUCACUAACAUUUUGAUACUGGAGCUGUUUAAUAUUUGACUUGUUUAUAUCGUAAAGCAGUUUUAAAAUAUAAAUAAACGACUUAAAAAAUAAAACAUACUUAAGCAAUGAAUUACAUUAAUACUUCAAUUACAUCAACAAGUACUGAAAAGAUUGCAGAUAGCAUUGGGUGGUGAAUGCUAUAAAAAGCAACAAAUCGGGCUAUACUCGAUGUUACUAAUAAUAACGAACUGAUAGAAGCAGGAUCAGAUAAAAUAUCAAUAAACUUCUCUUCUUAGUGAUUUUAAAAAUGAUUUUAAACAUAUUAAAGAAAAAUCAUUUUAUUAUUUUAAGUACUUUCCUACUUAUUAGACUCGUUUUAUCAGGAACUGGAUAUAGAGGAGCUGUAGUAACGAAUGGACAUGAAUGUGCAGACAUAGGAAAAUCAAUUUUAGAAGACGGUGGUUCAGCAGUUGAUGCCGCAAUUGCCGCAAUGCUUUGCGAAGGAGUAGCUAUCCCGGAAAGUACCGGAUUGGGUGGCGGUUUUUUUAUGACCAUUUAUGAAAAAUCGACAAGAAACGCGUACUUCUUAAAUGCCCGAGAAGUCGCGCCGGAAGCCGCAUACGAAGAUAUGUUUGACGGAAAUCCCGUUUUGUCAUCAAAAGGGGGUUUGUCAAUCGCAGUUCCCGGAGAGCUUCGUGGAUUUUGGGCGGCUCAUCAACGCUUCGGAGUCUUGAAUUGGGAGAAAUUAAUUCAACCAACGAUAGAUUUAUGUCGAAAUGGAAUUUUGGUGACCGAUUAUUUCGGAAGGGUGUUGAAAAACAAUCAACAAAUGAUUUUAAAUAAUCCGGAAUUCAGAGAAAUGUUUGUAAAUCCAUCAACAAAUCAAGUUUACGAAAAAGGUGAUUUAAUAAAACGUCCAAAACUAGCAGAAACUUUAGAAAUAAUCGCAAAAGAAGGUGCCGAUGCUUUAUACAUGGGAUCUUUAACGAAACAAUUUGUUGAGGAUAUUCAAAAAGCUGGUGGAAUCAUUACAGAAGAAGAUUUAAAUAAAUAUGAAGUAGAAUGGAAAGAUCCAAUUCAAACUAUUCUUCCCUUCAACCAAAAACUUUUUACAUCUCCUUUACCCGGAUCAGGAGUUAUAGUAACUUUUAUAAUGAACGUUUUAAAAGAUUUUUUGGUGAUAUGUGAAGGUGAAACGUUGAGAAACUUCCAAAGAAUCGUUGAAACAUUCAAAUAUGGUUACGCAAAAAGAACAGAACUUGGAGAUGAAAAUUUUGUUGACGUCAACGAAUUAAUUGCCAAUUUAACAUCAGAAGAGUACGCGAAAAGUACUCGUGAAUUAAUCUCGGAUAACACAACAUAUCAAGAUUACGAACAUUACGGAGCUAAUACCACUUUAACCGAAGAUCACGGAACCGCCCAUUUAUGUAUUCUUGCGCCAAACGGUGACGCCGUCGCCAUAACUGGAACGAUAAAUUUAGUGUUUGGGUCGGAAGUUGUAAGCCCGAGCACCGGAAUCAUUUUAAACAAUGAAAUGGAUGAUUUUUCUGCACCGAAUAUCAUCAAUGCUUUUGGUAUUCCACCAUCUCCGGCUAAUUAUAUCGUACCAGGUAAACGUCCUAUGUCGUCGAUGAGUCCGACUAUUAUCGUCGACGAUAAUGAAGGUGACGUUAAAAUGAUAAUUGGAGCAGCGGGUGGAACGAGAAUUAUUACAUCUAGUAUUUUGGUUGCCAUUCGAAAACUUUGGUUUAAUUUAAGUUUAGAGGAAGCGUCAAAUAUGCCGAGAUUACAUCACCAAUUAUUUCCUAUGUCAAUAUCGUAUGAAGGUGGAUUUGAUGAAGCUAUUAUACAUGGGUUAGAAGAAAUUGGACAUAAUUACACAACUUUACCACCUCCAGAUGGAUUUGCAGCUGUAACAUCAAUUGCAAACGUCAAUGGCAAUGUUGAGGCAGUUCCAGAUAUUAGACGAGGAGGUUCAUAUGCAUUUGUUGAUGUUUAGUUUCAUUUUUUAUUACUUUCCUAUUGUUGUAAUAAAAAUUAUAAAGUAAAAAGAUAA